GGUUUAAGACACCAAAGAAACAAAUAAAAAACUCUCACAAAUCCUGCAAACAAAAAAAGAGCUCAAGCAACUAAACCCUAACAAUGGUGGUGGCCGUUGAUGCAAACGAGAAGAACAGUGGAAACAAUCUUAAGUUUCUAUGCAGUUACGGCGGCAGAAUCCUCCCUCGUUCCACCGACGGGAAGCUCCGUUACGUCGGCGGUCACACCAGAGUCCUCUCCGUCGAUCGUUCCAUCUCUUGCGAAGAGCUAACGAAGAAACUAUUUGAAUUCUGCGGAUACUCCGUCGAUCUCCGAUGUCAGUUACCUAACGGCGAUCUCGAGACUCUGAUCUCCGUCAAAUCGGACGAGGAGCUAACGAACAUCGUCGAGGAGUACGACGACGGAGCUAAGAUCCGAGCCGUUCUAUCUCCUCCGCUUAGUCAUAAAUCGCCGUCGUCUUCAAGCAACGGCGGCCGGUCUCCGGAAUCUCCGUUCUCCGUCACGCCUUCCCCGCCGAACUCACCGCCGUUUGCGUCGUACGGGAGGUAUCCACAGUCUCGGUAUUGUUUACCUCCCGCGGUGGAUCUCGCGAGAAGAUUGAAUCAAAGAUCGUAUUGCCACGCUUGUCGUUUGCACAAAGGCUCUAGGCUCAUCUGGCACUGAGUGAAAACUUCGAAUACGAUCGAUCAUACAACAGACGAAGAAGGAAAUUUAAAUAAAACCGGAAAAAUUAAGAAAAUUAAGAAAAUUGAAAAUUUUGCGAUGUGUUUGUUUUGAGAAGUGAAGAAAAUUAAUUUUUUUUUUCCGUUUCCAAUUGAUUUUGGGAGACGUGAGUUCAGCGGUGAAAUUAAUUUAGACGGAGAACGAGACGGAAAAAAAAAAUUUGGUCUGGGGCCGUUACAAACAGUUAGAGUUGGCGUUACCACGUGUUUGCAGGUAAGACGUUGUUUUUAUAUACGUGAUACGUGGCGAACACUGAGAGAUUUUGGCGUGUCUCUGUCGGAGAUUUACACGCGUUGUAGGCUAGUGGAUUCGUUAGUUCAGACGUAUCAGCAUUGUUUAAAUUUAUUUUACUUAACGAGGUUCAUUUUUGUUUUUGGCUUCACUGAUAAUGACAGAAGUAAUUAUUUUAUUGUUUCAAUUUUUAGUCCCACUUGAGUACUCUCUUGAUUA